AUGGAAGUUAUAACUGGUGUUUUUGGAAAUGGCCUCAUUGGAGUAGUGAACUGCAUUGACUGGGCUAACUUUGGUUAUGACCUCAUGUGGUCUUAUUCCAAAGAUAUGGUAAAUUUACUAGUCAACAUCAUUUCCAUUGUAUUACUGGCAGAGUUUAUUUUGGGAAAUUUUGCCAGUGUCUUCAUAGCAUUUGUGAACUGUAUUGACUGGGUCAGAAGACACAAGAUAACCCCAGCUGAUCGAAUUGUCAUGUCUGUGACAGUAACAAGGAUUGCUUUGCUUUGGAUCAUCUAUAUAUAUUGGGAUUCCUAUGUGGUUUGUUCAGCCUUAUAUACUGAAAAGGUAAGAAUUACUGUUGUUAUAACCUUGACAGUGAUCAACCGUAUUAGUAUUUGGCUUGCUACUACUCUCAGCAUUUUUUACUUGUUCAAAAUAGCCAAUUUCUCAAAUCUUAUUUAUAUUCUCCUAAAGAGGAAUACAGGUAUGAAGUGGAUGAAGGACAUGAAUGAACAUAGAAGAAUUAUGACUUGGAAGGCCAAUUUGACCUGCACCCCAAGCCUUUCAUAUGUGACUGUGAUCACUGGAGUAAACCUUAUACCCUUUGCCAUGUCACUGUCUCUGCUGUUAAUCUACUCUCUCUGUAAGCAUCGCAGGAAGAUGCAGCUCUAUAGCCAAGGAUCCCAAGAUCUUCACAGCAAGAUGCAUGUAAAUGUCAUGAAAAUUGUGUUCUCCUUCGUCUUGCUGUUUGUCAUUUACUUUCUGUCUGUGGUCAUGUCAGUUUGGGUGUCUAAUAGGCUAUGCAGUAAAUUGUUCCUCUCACUUUGUUGGGCCAUUGGAUUCAUCUAUCCUUCAAACCAUUCAUUUGUCCUGAUUUGGGGCAAUAGGAAGCUGAAGCAGGCCUUUUUGCCGAUGGUGUGGCAGUUGAAGUGCUGGUUGAAAGAGUGGAAGCCUCCAACAUUGUAG